CCCCCCCCCUCCCCCCCACCCCCUCCCCUCCCCAGCCCUGCCCUCCCCCUUGUCCCGGGAUCGCUCCGUCGCACCCACCAUGAUGGAAGACGACGGGCAGCCCCGGACUCUACAAGGACUGGUACAUCCUCCUAGCUCUUACCCCUGCAGCAUUUAGUUCACUGCCUGGAACAUAAGAGACACACACAAGCUAAGACAUAUGGUUCUAUCAUCAGAAAACAAUAUGGUGUUUAUAGCCUAGAUACGUAGGUAACCUCUCCAGAGAUGUGACGGAAGUCCUCAUACUUCAGUUAUUCAGUCAGAUUGGACCCUGUAAAAGCUGUAAAAUGAUAACAGAGCAACCCGAUAGCAGAAGGGUCAACUCUUCUGUUGGAUUUUCUGUUUUGCAGCAUACAAGCAAUGACCCAUAUUGCUUUGUGGAAUUUUAUGAACACAGAGAUGCAGCUGCUGCAUUAGCUGCUAUGAAUGGGAGAAAAAUUUUGGGAAAGGAGGUCAAAGUAAACUGGGCAACAACACCAAGUAGCCAGAAAAAAGAUACUUCCAAUCACUUCCAUGUGUUUGUUGGGGAUUUGAGUCCAGAAAUUACAACAGAAGAUAUCAAAUCAGCAUUUGCCCCUUUUGGUAAAAUAUCGGAUGCCCGAGUAGUUAAAGACAUGGCAACUGGAAAAUCCAAAGGCUAUGGUUUUGUAUCUUUUUAUAACAAACUGGAUGCAGAAAAUGCCAUUGUGCACAUGGGAGGUCAGUGGUUAGGUGGUCGUCAAAUCAGAACCAAUUGGGCCACACGUAAACCCCCUGCACCUAAAAGUACACAAGAAAAUAACACUAAGCAGUUGAGAUUUGAAGAUGUAGUAAACCAGUCAAGUCCAAAAAAUUGUACUGUGUACUGUGGAGGAAUUGCUUCCGGGUUAACAGAUCAGCUUAUGAGACAGACAUUCUCACCAUUUGGACAAAUCAUGGAAAUAAGAGUUUUUCCAGAGAAGGGCUACUCAUUUGUCAGAUUUUCAACCCAUGAGAGUGCUGCGCAUGCCAUCGUCUCGGUGAACGGCACUGCGAUUGAGGGACAUGUUGUUAAGUGCUAUUGGGGUAAAGAAUCUCCUGAUAUGACUAAAAAUUUCCAGCAGGUCGACUAUAGUCAGUGGGGUCAGUGGAGCCAAGUUUAUGGAAACCCACAACAGUAUGGACAGUAUAUGGCAAAUGGGUGGCAAGUCCCGCCUUAUGGAGUGUACGGGCAACCGUGGAAUCAACAAGGAUUUGGAGUAGAUCAAUCACCUUCUGCUGCUUGGAUGGGUGGAUUUGGUGCUCAGCCUCCCCAAGGACAAGCUCCUCCCCCCGUAAUACCUCCUCCUAACCAAGCUGGAUAUGGUAUGGCAAGUUACCAAACACAGUGAGCUGGGACUCUAAACAAAAUUGUAAUUCAUGAUAGCUUCAGUAUCCUGUGACAUUCUGAAGACAUGGAAGUAGACAUCGGAAAAUGAAAAUAUUUAUUUUAAAAAUUGAAAUGUUUGGAACCUUUAGCACAGCUUUGCUUUGGUGAAGGACACAUGUCUUCUAGUUCUGCCUUUUUAAGUUUUUGUUCAUGAUGGAUAUGAACAUGAUUUUUCUUUGUGUACAAAAACUAAAAUAAAGUCAAUAAAGACAAUUCUUGACUACAAAUUUUGAUAUAAUAGGAGAACUGGGUAAUCCAUUUUGAUUCUUAGAUACUAUUCCAUUUUUAUCUGGCUCCUCAGUAUUUUAACUCACUGUGUUUUUAAAAGAGCAAAAAAAGGGAGGAUCAUGAAUAACUGGGAAUCACAUAUAAGUUCAUCCUGAACCUUGCUACUCCCUUCCCCUACCCUGAGGUGGACCACAUUCGAAGUCAGCAGAAAAAAAGUGUGAUAUUGAGAAGAAAUGCAUGGUUUCGGAGUCGCUUUGGAGGAAAUAUUUAUUCUAUGCCUAAAGAAACUGAAGCCAGACUGAUAAAGAAAUUUUGCAACCUAAAUAAGAAACAGCGUUGUGUGAGUUACUUGAGCAAAUCUUGGUGGUCCACAUUAAGACCUAUUUUUAAAACUUUAAAAAGUGUUAUUAAAACUGUAGUAAAUCACAUUUCAUUUGGGGGUGGGGGAUUCCAAGUAUGGUGUUUGUAUUAAAGUCAGACAGUCAUACUUGUGCUUUUACAUGAAGUUUAAACGAUAUACAUUGUAAAUAUUGAGUAACGACAGUGUUUAAAAAGCAUGCUUCAACAUAGAAGUAGCAGCAAUGUAAUUAUUUGAAGUAACACUUAACGCACUCCAUUGCAUUGAAUGCAGUGGAUUGGUAAGAAUGUUUAAGACAUUUCCAGGUUGGCUACUAUGUAAAAUUAAAAUUAUACAAAUUACUAUACAGAAAA